AUGGUUGAGUACGAAAGUUGGAAAGAACUACAAUGGAGUACUUAUGUGGGCCAGGAAGGUAGGCUAGCAGGCAUGUUGAAGACGGAAAGAACACGGAGGGUGUGUCGUCUUUCAGGUGCUCGCGAUGCGGUGCUUCUUGUUGUGGUGACGCAGAUGCACGAAAAGGGACGACGCCUAACGGGACCACACAUCACGCGUCUACAAGUCAUUGACCAACUUAUCGCAGCUUAUCGUCCUCAUGUCACCCCAGAUGUACGAGGUCAGUGUUUGGCAAGAGUCACAAGUACCAAAUACAUGUCUUCCAUCUUGACUCCCAACACCAACAAAGAAGUAACCUGCAGACUAAGGCAAUUCUCAAAAUACAACUGCCCCACCUGCAAUGUUCCCUAUUGCUCCUUAAUCUGCUUCCGCUCUGAAGCACAUUCUCAGUGCUCCGAGACGUUUUAUAAAAAGGAAAUCGAGGCCGGAAUACAUUCAGAAUCAUCAACAAAUGCUGUGAAGCGCGCACAAAUGUUGGAGAUGCUAAAGAAGUUUGAGGAGGAGAGUGCUAUCAUUGAUGAUGAGGGAUCUGGAGAUGAACAGGAUGACCCUUCGGAUCUGGCGAACAGGCUUAACUCAAUGGAUUUGGAGUCUACGUCACCUGACGCUUUGUGGACGAUGCUCACGGAAAAGGAGCGCGCGAAAUUCAUGAAAGCCUUUCAAAAUCCCACGAGCGAGUUAUCGCAACAACUUUUGGCGAGUCCGGACCUUGAGAAGGAAAUUACAGCUCCAUGGUGGGAGUCCCCUUCGAACACCACAGAGGCAGCACAUAGAUUACAUGGUCCCAAGCCAGAACAGAUCCCCAUUCCAGAUGCUAUGCUGAGGCCCGUUACGGAUGGGCCUCCCCUCAUCUUCAACAUGUCUGCAAUAUGUAUUGCUUACGCUUAUGUUACUCGCCAUCUAGGAACGUCGCCGCUAUCAACACUGACACCAAACGACCCGAAUUAUGAUGAAGCGCGACGCCUUAUUUCCCAGCUCGUCCCCUUCGUCGUCGAGCGAAGGGCAACAACUCUACAUUCCGAUAUCAGUGCCGUCAUAACGGACAUUUGGUCAAGGCUCGACGUGGGUGUACCAUCAUCCGAUCUCUUUGCGCUUCUCUUACAAGACGCGGCGCAUCUUCUGAAGCCCUUAUGGGUCACGCAGUUGUCGUCACAACCCACUCAGCGGGGGGUCGAUUAUUCUUCGCAUCCGCACGGCACACCUCUUCUCGUCCUGUCCGAUUUAAGUAGGCUCUUUUCAUCACCCUUGCGACUAGCGGGGUCCUCUUCGACGGCUGGUACCAACCACGUCACGCGCAAAAUCUUGUUCUAUCUCGCUUAUAUACUCUCUACUCCUACUACCGUCCUGCAAAACAUAUCGCGGGAGUCAGCAGAAAGGGCCGACAUGUAUCGAGAAGAACAAUCUCGAAGAAAGGAAGAAAAGGGGGUGAAGGCAGAUAGAUCGAUAUCCGGGAGUCGUCCUGAUCUCAUUGAGGAACUAUGA